AUGGAGAGCUUACUGUCGGUCGGCUUCGACAACAUCUCCUCCCGCGACAGCAGCAAAAUACGCAAAGGCCUACGCCAGAUCGAAGGACUCCUCGCCCAAGUAUGCCUCUCACAACCAUCCUCACGAUCACCGCACAAGCGAAAGUCGUCGCACCUGUCGAGCAAACAACCGAACUCGCCGAAGAAGCUUGGUGAGCUGAAGAGCGAUCCGGCGUUCAGAGAGUUCUUUCGGAUACAGGAGGGUUUCCAGUGGAAUGUCGCCUCACGCCUCGUCUCCACCCUCGAACGCCUCAUGGGCAUGGGCAACCCCUCCCAGACCGACCUCCUCAUCGUCUCCACCCUCGACCUCCUCCAAGGCGUCCUCCUCCUCCACCCACCCUCCCGCUGCCUCUUCAACCGCGAAAUCCACAUGAACCUCCUCCUCGACCUCCUCGACUCCUUCAACCCGCCCGCAGUCCAAUCCCAAGCUGUCCUCGUGCUCGUCGCAGCACUGCUAGACUGCCCGCGCAACAUACGAACGUUCGAGAAUGUCGACGGCCUGCUCACGGUUACGAGCCUGUUCAGGAGCCGGGACACGGCGAAGGAUGUGCGGAUGAAGACGCUGGAGUUUCUGUACUUUUAUCUGAUGCAAGAGACGCCCAUUAUGCAUGCGGGUAGUGCGCCGAAUACUGCUGUGCUGCAGAGGAGUCCGAGCAAGAUUGAUAAUGGGUUUGCUGGACAUGCGAGAACACAUUCGGGAGAUAGUGGGGGAGAUAUGAUGGACGUGGAUGAGGACGAGCGGGAGACGAGGACGAUGAGCGAGAAGCAGCGCAUGCUGGGGCAGUAUCUCAACAACGUUGCAGAGCUGGUGCAGGAUCUGGAGGAGAGCGCGCCGUUUGGGGUGCCACAGGCAUGA